AUGCUGAAUUCUGAACUGACAAAGUCAGAUGAUACUAUUCAUCUCUUUCUGAUGAUUGUCAUUGUGGUAGUGGCUGUAUCAGUGUCAGUAUCUGUUACUGCUGGCCUCUCAAUAUGUAUUAUUCGUUGUAAAGACCGGAGGAAUGCAUCACAUACAGAUGGCGUGAAUCCCCCUUGCAAAUGUGUUACGGAGCAUGGACAUUACAUGUGUUCUUCUCAACAGCCAAGUUAUUGGCCUGAUGACGCUGUUGCCCAAUCUACAGAGCCAGAAUCCUCACAAAGUCUCACAAGGAGAUCCCGGAGAGGACCACACCAAGGUGGAGAGUUGGGGAAUGGACAGAAAACUGCCGAUAGCGUUUAUCAGGAAAUUGGAGGUCGAGAAAAUGUACACAAACAGUUUAUGACCCCUGAUUGUCACAGUGAGAGGGAAGACGGCUGGAGUAUAGGGGACACGGAGCACAGUCAAGAAGGACAAGAUUUUAACUCUUCCCACCAUUAUAAACCCCUUUCAUCCCAGACUGGCCAGAGCUCACACAAGAAACCCAAACAACAAUCAUGCUUCUACCCUGGAGAUACAAAUAAUAUUUCCAGGCCUCUACACAAACCCAACAUUGGCCAUAUCCCUGAUUGUCUAUUGUCUUUCACCCGGGUUGUAACACCUGAAGAUGCUGGGUCCUAUGAGCUUGGGUUUGUUGUUAAGGAUAGUGGCACUCCGGCUUUGUCUGCAACAACUACUCUCUCUCUGAUGUUGACCGUAACAAACCAGACUUCAGAAGUUUCAAACACCAUCCAGUCACAGUCUGACGAGAAGGUGCACCAGCAAUUAUUUAUCAUUAUUGUGUUAAUAGCCGUGGCGGUGUCUGUUCCAAUUACGGCUGCCAUGUCAAUAUGCAUUAUUCGUUGUAAUGGCCGAAGAAAUGCAUCUCACCAAGACAGCCUGAACCCACCUUGCAAAUGUGUCACAGAACAUGGAAAUUACAUGUGUCCAUCUCAACAGCCAAGGUAUUGGCCUGAUGAUGUGGCUCAGUCAGCUGACCCUGAGCUCACCAGAAGUCUAACAAGGAGAUCAAAAAGAGAGCUACACCAGGGAGGAGAGCAGGGUAAUGGACAGAAAACUGCAGAUGGCAUGUAUCAGGAAAUUGGAGGCAAGUCUUGUGGCAGAGAGAAUGGACACAAACAGUUUAUGAGCCCAGACUGCCUUAAUGAGAGAGAAGAUGGCUUAAGCGGGGGAGAUGCAGGACACUGUCAAGACAGAGAAGAACACAUCUCACCACGGACUCCAGAGGAUACACAACACAGGUUUGCUUUUUGGACUUCCUACUACCAACUAGUGAAAAAACUUGCUGACCAUGUUAGUACCAGUGUUUGUAUUACUGUCUGUCUCAAAAGAUGUUUGGACAAUGUUAGAAAAGAAAAAACAACGUACAUAAGUGACCUUGCAGCUGAUAUGCACUUGAUGGACAGAGUCCCUCUCAAUGCUCGCAGCCAGGUUAUUGCUAAAGAUGGGGGAUCACCACCAAAACAAAGUGUUUUAGAUGUCCACAUCUCUAUCACUGAUGUCAAUGAUAACACUCCCGUUUUCUCUCAGAAUGUCUACAAUGUAUCUAUUAAAUAUGAAUAUAAUGAAGCAAUUCCAAUAACUGUUCUAUCAGCCAGGGAUUUGGACUCUGUGGACCAGGAAUCAACUAGGACAAUGUCCAGGAGAUCAGCAAGAGGACCAUACCCUACUGAAGAAUUGAAUAAAGGACUAAAAACUGCAGAUGGAGUCUACCAGGAAAUAGUAAGAACAUCUCGUGCAAAAGAAAAUGAACACAAACAAUUUAUGAAUCCAGACUGUCUCAGUGAAAGGGAGGAUGGCUGGAAUGGGGGAGGAGACAUAGAAAAUGGUCCGGAAGGGCUAGAUCUCAACACAUCCCAACCUUUUAAAUCUCCCUCAUCAAUGAUUGACCAGAUUCCACACAAAAGUACACAAAAGAAAUCUAAGCAACAAACACAUUUCUACCCUGGAAAUACAAACCAUAGUUCAUCCAGGUCUUUAUGCAAACCAAACAUUGGCCACAUCCCUGAUUGUAGUCAGUGGAUUGAUCUAAAACCAGCUGCAGUGGACAAUGGCAUUUCAGGCCCAUAUUCUCAACUUUGCAACUUAACAGAGAACAAGAAUUCAACUUCCAGCUCCCAUCAACGGGUUACAGUACCCCAUGCACAAUAUUUGGAUUAUCUAGGAUAA